GCCGACAGCAACACACAGACGUGACAGGCCCCAGUGCUGACACGUGGGGUUUCCACAAAGUGAACGUGUACCACAAUCCACCGCUCUGGUCGACCUCAAAAUUCUCCCACUCCAUUUGCAAUCUGUUCUGCAUGUGAGUUCUAGCAUUUUCAACUUCUUCUCAGGGCAGCGACACUGGAAAUGGGUCAAGGCCAGGAAGUCAAGACCAGAAAUGAUCCCCAAGUCGAGAUUCAGGAAAGAGGGGAGAUCUUCUUCUUCUAUAGGCCCAAGGUGGAGAGAGAAGCGGCUCACGGCACCGACGACGUGCAGCGCCUUUACAUUGUCCUCCGUCCUGAGUCCGGCGAGAGGCCCGUCGAGGAGAAACAAGAUCCCCACUCCGGCAAGGAAGGCUCCAACCCCGGUUCCUGCGGCAAGGCCAGAGGGGAAGGUGGCCACGGUAGCCAGGAAGUGAACAUCGAGAAGCAGGCACUGUUGAGGUUGAUAGUGUUGGGGAAGAAGAGUCUUCCGGACCCAAGCCAGCGGGGCCGACCUUACUGGGGAUUUGUGGAGAUGGUCACCACCAAGAUCGACGAUGUCAAGUUGGCUCUUCAAGCAGAGGAGUACGACACUUCCACGAGGGGACACCGCCACAAGCCGGCAGCCAGACCGUUGGGGGAGGGCGUGUACCGCAUACUUAGACACAAAUCGAGCGGGAAGAAGGCGCAUACGCAUCUCAUAUACAAGCUCGAAUUCCCUCCGGAAGGUGAGAAGCAGGAGCCCCAGGAGUCGCUCAACGUGGAAAGAGAAGGAUCCUUCCUCAUUCAGAUCAAGAACCCCGACCAGCACGGGGCCGGCCCUUCCCAGUUCGGGGGACUCCAGAGCAAGCGCAAGGCGGUGUUGCCCGCCAGCCUGCGGGGACAGUUUGGGCAGCGGAGGUUCAUCCCGGCCGAUCCGCCCAACUUCCUGAACUACGAAGGGUGCGAGUUGCUGCUGAUAUCGGCAUCGGACGACAUAGAGGAGGAGCUGGGGUUAGAGCUCAAAGGGGAAUGUGAGGGCGACCCCUCCUGUUCCGAUCUGCUCAAGACGUUCGGGGAAACUGCACCCAUGGAUCCCCUCUUCAGGGGCACGUGGGCUUGAACUUCAACCUUUUUGACACUUUUGGUCUGUGUUUAAUCAGGAAACCCUCGUUUCGUGUUACAACUUCAGUUGAGCAUGUGUAAUAUAUUUGAUUUUGAUCCCCCCAAGGCUAAUCUUGCAAUUUAAUUUA